GAGCCUCAAGUGGUUGAUAUAUGGCGUCCAAGAAGGCUCGGGUGAUUCUUAGCCUUGUGCUCAGAAUCUUCACUCUUUUAUUCGCAGCUGGAUGCAUAGUGGUUCUGGUACUAGACAAGGCCACCGACGAUGAUGGCUCCAAAGUAACAUUCAAAGACAUCAUUACCUACAAGUAUGUGCUGGCCACGGCUGUUGUUGCAGCAACCUAUUGCCUAUUGCUCUUACCCUUUACAAUGUAUCGUGCUUGUGCCGGAAAGAAGCUCAUUCGUGGUCCUAUCUUGCCAACCUUGUAUUUUUAUGGAGACAAGGCGGUUGCCUUUGUUUUGGCAUUGGGUGUUGGGGCCGGUUUUUUGGCGACGGCGGAUCUUAAAAGAUUUCUAAAUGAUUUGUUGGAGUCAUUCGGGGGACGUUUAAAGGAUACUCCGUUCGAAGGUUUCUUUAACAGAGGAUAUCUGGCGACCGGACUUCUGGCAGCCGCCUUCUUAUGCAUGUCUAUUCUUUCUAUAUUUUCCGCUCCCACCGAGAACAAAGCCGCCGGAAACAAAGCUGCCGGAAAGAAAGGUUUCUUCUUCGGAUGA